AUGCGCUUUCCAAUUCUCACUCUCGCACUCCUCUCUACAUUCCUAACUCUCCCCUCCAUAACUCUCGCCCACCCAGCCCUCAGCACAGAACAUCUCCAGCCCCGCGGCCAAAGCACCAUCACCUUCCUCAGCUCCAUUUUCAACAAUGGGAUGAGAAUCUUCAGGCUAGACAAAACUGUGCGCUACUUUACACCUGAACGUCUAGACGACGUCAAGAGUCGUUCCUCAGAAGCAAUCCAAAGCCUCGAUGAAGCCAUAGCAACUGGAAAAUCUAUCGGCCACCUCGAUCCUGCAAGUAGUCAUGCUAUUUCUGCGCUGUGUAUACCCCUGAAGGUGGUUUAUGGAAACAUGAUUAAGGCUAUUCGCGAGAAGCGCGAGGAGCUAACCGCAGCGAAAUACAAAGAUGAGAUGAUAAAGACGUUAGUAUCUCUUCGGGUUAAGAGUCGGGAGUUUGCCGAACUGGUGAAGAAGAUAAUCACUGAGCCUGAUGGGUCCUAUUGUCUGUACCUAGAAGAUUUUGUUGAUAAGCGGUAUGCGAAGACGAUUGAUGAAUACAAGGGAAUCAAUAGCGGUGAUUCGGAUAAUGUGGAGGGGGAUAUCUGGGAUGUGGAAGACUGA